AUGUCUGAUCCGCUUUCUGUGACAGCGAGUGUCGUUGGCAUUGUAGGCGCACUGCUACAUGGCUCUAAGCGACUUUACGAAUUUAUUGACUCCCUUCAAAAUGCCCCAAAGGACAUUGCCGCGCUCUCCACCGAUUUGAGAGCCUUGUAUGAGAUCCUUGCCCAUAUCACAAAUGUCCAAGAUAGGUUGUCCAGUCACCUUGCCCUCUGCGUCAGCUUAAAAGCGCCCUUGGAGAACUGCUUGAGCAUAUUCGACGAGUUCACUGCCUUAUUACAGGGUUUCACUCAGACCUCAAGAGAUGGGACCAUUCAAGUUCGAGUCUGGAAGCAGAUGGCGUGGGCGUUUAAAGACAAGGAGAUCCAACUGUUCCGGGAUACUAUUACGACAUAUAAAGUUUCAUUGGAUAUGGCGUUGAGCGCGAUGACAUUUUCUACCAUUGCAUCGUUGAAUGAACGUACCAAAAGAUUCGAAUUAGACUUUAAAGAGGAGUUCAGGGACAUCAAAUCAAGGUUGCAAGCCUUAGAUAACGAUCGCUUCGAAUUGGCUAGUGUGGCAGGGUGUAAAGGCUCCGAAUGGUAUGGAACAGAGGCCGAUUUUGCAAUGAAACGUUUUCUCGAGUAUACCGAGUCACUAUGUGACUCACCUCCAGCAUCGUUUCCUGGAUCCCCUAUUCAGAUUACUUUCCAAGACUACGAUGGACUUCAUACACAAGAGGAGAUCCAAGGUUCAGCAUCGUCACUACAGCUCAAAGAGACGGAUAGCAAAAUGGCGUUUGUUGGACAGAAAUCCCCGGGAUUACCUUUUGGCACCAUAGAUGCCCAUUCUCAUGUCGACAAUCCCUCUAUGCCUAGCCCCGAAACCAUUCGGAGAGCGAUUUCAGAGUCCUUUCAUUUGACAUCAGACUAUGCGACCCCUUCUGCACUUAAUAUCCAGAGCCCAUCGGUUGAUCAGCAACCCGCAGGAUCAUCUUGGAAACCAAUGACAGAUCUUGAUUUAGAACUAUUCAAUCAUACGGACUCACAUCCGGGCGAAAAGACCUCCUAUCAAACUAUGAGCCAAGUUGCCGAGAUCGAACAGUCAUCUCGCUAUGGUCGUCUCCGUUCCAACACUUCUACCAAGACUCUUGUGUUGGCAGCAAUCCGCGAUACUAUGGUAGACAAGAGGGUUCCAAGCCUUGUCAUGGCGGUCGCCAUGCCACUUCUUUUUGCUGAUCAACGUCUUGAUGCGGCGCUUUAUCUCGCGGAGCCAUGUCUUCUUCUUUUUGGGCUAAUUCUUCUUCCUGAGCUUCGAAUUAACGUGCACCUCUUCUUUUUGGGCUACGUCUUCGCGUCAUGUAUCUUCUUGCUGUGA